CCGCCGGCGCGUGGAUUACAUCGCAACACGGGCGGGGGGGUUGGCAGAAAAACGGGAUCUUGGCACGAACCAGUAGAUACCAGUAGUCCGUUGACAAAGACUGGGAGAAGCUGGAUGGGAAGUAACAGGUGGGACUGUGAGGCAUCACCCGCAGCGGGAUCGAAAAGCGAUGCGCGGCGAGAGCUCGUAAAGUCCCCCAAAGUGCGGCCAAGCUCUUAUGCAUGGACGCCAGGAUGUUCUCGGGCCAGGCGGCUCUCAACUUCAGCUGCUGCAACCUGAGCGACGACCCGGCGCCGGCUCACCCGGCGCAGCCGCCCGCCGACGUCGAGGCGCGCCUGUCGUCCGCGGGCUUCGCGGUGCUCUCCGUGGUGCUGGGCUUCAUCAUGACUUUCGGCUUCCUCAACAACCUGGUGGUGCUGCUCCUCUUCUGCAAGUUCAAGAAGCUGCGCACGCCCGUCAACAUGAUGCUGCUCAACAUCAGCGUGAGCGACAUGCUGGUGUGCGUGUUCGGCACCACGCUCAGCUUCGCCUCCAGCAUCCGCGGACGCUGGCUGCUCGGCCCCAGCGGCUGCAGCUGGUACGGCUUCAUCAACUCCUGCUUCGGUAUCGUGUCGCUGAUUUCUCUGGUGAUCCUCUCUUACGACCGCUACAGCACACUUACCGUGUACAACAAGCGCGGUCCCAACUACCGCAAGCCCCUGUUGGCCGUCGGCGGCUCUUGGCUCUACUCUUUGUUCUGGACGGUGCCUCCGCUCUUGGGCUGGAGCAGCUACGGCGUGGAGGGGGCCGGGACCAGCUGCUCGGUGUCCUGGACGGUCCGGACGACCCAGUCGCACGCCUACAUCAUCUGCCUCUUCAUCUUCUGUCUGGGGCUGCCCGUGCUGGUCAUGAUCUACUGCUACGGCAGGCUCCUCUGGGCUGUCAAACAGGUGGGCAAGAUCCGGAAGACGGCAGCCCGAAGGCGGGAGUACCACAUCCUGUUCAUGGUCCUGACCACGGCUGCGUGCUACCUGCUGUGCUGGAUGCCGUACGGCGUGGUGGCCAUGAUGGCGACGUUCGGGCCGCCAGACACCAUCAGCCCCGUGGCCAGCGUGGUGCCCUCCCUGCUGGCCAAGAGCAGCACCGUCAUCAACCCGCUCAUCUACAUCCUCAUGAACAAGCAGUUCUACAGAUGUUUCCUGAUCCUGUUCCACUGCGACCACUGGUCGGGGAAGAAAGGCAACACCACCAUGACCUCCAAGACCACCGUGAUCCAGCUCAACCGGCAGAUCUCCAGCAACACGGUGGCCUGCGCCCCCCACGUCUCCAGCGACGCGCUCAAAGCGAGCGCCGCGCCGGCCGUCAAGCUGACCACGCCCCCCGAGGUCAUCACCUGAAGCCGGCGACGCUUGAGCUGGGAAGACCCGCAUUUUCUCAUUUGUGUUUGAAGUGAAAAGAAAAAAAACAUAAACAUUCACAUUAUGAUCCAAUGUACAAUAUGUGGACACUCGAGGCUUCAUCUCCAAAGAAACUCUUGACCUUGGUUUGGGGUUCUUCAAAACAGCACCAUGUGAAACUGCCAAAACCACAUCACCUUGAACGCAUAAGUUGGAACGAGGUACCCUAAAACACGACAAAUUCCCGUCUCAGCAAUUCCCUCGAGAAGAGACUUGAGGGUCACGCCGGAACGGCUAACGUGAGGA